AUGGAUUCAGACCAUGACAAGUACUACGACAAGUGUAAGGUGUUCGGAAAUAGUUGCAGAUGGUUGAUUUGGAUCACGCUACGACAGCAGAAGGGUAUCUGGGAGCUCAGAUGGUAUAACGGACCGCAUACAUGUUUGGCCACCUCGAUUUCCUGUGAUUAUAGGAAGCUUGACUAUCAUGUGAUAUUUUCUUACAUCCUUCCUAUGAUCAGAACUGAUACGGCUGUGUCCAUUAUGGUUCUGCAGAAUACGACGGAGGCACAUUUUGGGUUCGGAUUUACAUACAGGAGGAUAACAAUACCAGAUAGUAUCGCAGUGUUGAGGAUGAUUCAUGUGCGGUUUGAAGGCCAGGAUGGAAAUUCUAAUAUCAUUCCUAUUACUUUUGCCCUAGUGGAUGGUGAAAAUGCGAAGUCAUGGUCUUUUUUCUUAUCUCACUUAUGUAAACACGAGACUCCUCAGCCAGACAUUCUCGUGAUAUUCGAUAGGCACAAUUGGAUCAAGGCCACCUUGGAGGCACCUGAUGAUGGAUGGGUUGCUCCUGUUGCUUAUCGGGCAUUCUGUAUUAGGCAUGUUACAGCGAAUUUCGCAAUGAGCUUCAAGGGAAAGGAUGCAAGGAGGAUUCUAGUCAAUGCUACUUAUGCGAAGACUGAGGUCGAGUUUGAUUAUUGGUUUGACAUCCUCCAGACUGAAGACUUGGCUACGUGUGACUAG